UGCACCGUGUUUUGUUUGUCUGUCUGCGCAGCAGUGAUGAAAUCGCGGGGUUUGCUGCUGCUGGCUCGCUACAAACGGAGGAAAUCUCUCCUGACUUCCCGCUCAUGAAGACCGCGGUGACACCGGAGGACGCACGGAGCAGGACUGAACGGGAGCAGCAGCGCCGAGGCUGUGGAGUCAGGUGCUGCUGGAUGAGAGUCUGACUAGGCAUUUUCUCCCCGGUGACAGAGACAAUCUCAGCGGCGCAUCUUCCCACAUCCUCCUCCCCUCCCUUCUCCUCUCCUCUCCUCCUCCGCUGCCCUCCAAGCCUGCAGCCCUCCGACCAUGGCCCUGGUGACUCUGCAGCGCUCCCCCACUCCCAGUGCAGCAUCCUCGGCCAGCACGACCAACAGCAGUGCGGGGGAGGAUUUUGGAAGUGAUGAUGAGCGGAAAAAUAAUCAGAGCCUCAGUGAGAGCUUCUUCAUGGUCAAAGGAGCUGCUCUGUUCCUCCAGCAGGGCGGCAGCGCACAGGGACCAAAGACCCCCACCCACCACAAGCAUGCAGGUGAUUUACCUCAACACCUGCAGGUCAUGUUCAAGAUCCUCCGGUCUGAAGAUCGCAUUAAGCUGGCUGUACGGUUAGAGAGCGGCUGGUCAGACCGGGUGCGCUACAUGGUCGUCAUCUACACCAAUGGCCAUCAAGAUACGGAGGAAAACAUCGUCCUGGGAAUGGACUUUACAGACAAGGACAGUAAAAAUUGCUCUAUUGGGAUGGUGCUGCCACUGUGGAGUGAUACCAACAUACAUUUAGACGGAGACGGAGGCUUCAGCGUGAACACGGCAGGGCGGUCACAUGUCUUCAAGCCUGUGUCGGUUCAGGCCAUGUGGUCUGCUCUGCAGGUCCUCCACAAGGCAUGCGAGGUGUCGCGCCGCUUCAACUACUUCCAAGGUGGCAUCGCUCUCACGUGGAUGGCCUUCUAUGAGAGCUGCAUCACCUCAGAGCAAAGCUGCAUCAAUGAGUGGAACGCUAUGACCGACCUGGAGUCCACCCGGCCUGACUCACCCACCAUGUUCGUCGACCGGCCGACUGAGCGAGAGAGGACAGAGUGCCUCAUUAAAGCCAAGCUACGCACCAUCAUGACAUUUCAAGACCUGGAGAACAUCACCUCAAAGGAGAUCCGUAACGAGCUGGAGCAGCAUAUGAGCUGUAACCUCAAAGAGUACAAAGAGUUCAUCGACAACGAGAUGCUUCUGAUCCUGGGUCAGAUGGACAAGCCCACACUUAUCUUUGAUCAUGUGUACUUGGGCUCUGAGUGGAACGCCUCCAACCUGGAAGAACUACGUGACUGCGGAGUGGGCUACAUCCUCAAUGUUACCAGAGAGAUUGACAACUUCUUCCCAGGGAUGUUCUCUUAUCACAACGUCCGCGUGUACGACGAGGAUGCCACCGACCUGCUGGCCCACUGGAACGACACCUACAACUUUAUAGUCAAAGCCAAGAAGAACAAUUCCAAGUGCCUGGUGCACUGUAAGAUGGGGGUGAGCCGGUCUGCCUCUACAGUAAUUGCCUAUGCAAUGAAGGAAUACGGCUGGUCCCUGGAGAAAGCCUACAACUUUGUCAAGCAGAAACGGAGUAUAGCUCAGCCGAACGCUGGUUUCAUGAGACAGCUGGCAGAGUACGAGGGAAUCCUGGACGCAAGUAAACAGCGCCACAACAAGCUAUGGAGGCCUGGAACAGAUGAGGAGGGAUCAGAGGAUUUGCAAGCCUCUGGUCACUGCACUGGUGGGGAGGAGACACCAGUGCUCAGAGGGGAAGAAGCCUGGGGAGGCUGUGGAGCCUCUCCUUGCAGGGGUAUGGGUCUAGAGAUGGAGCCUCUUGACUCUCUCAACUAUAACUAUUACUUCAGACGUUUGUCAGACUCUGCACUAGACAGUGAGCCCUCCACCCCGGUGCGGGGUCCCCCUCUGCUCGGUAUGGAAAGAGUUUUCAUUGAGAUUGAAGACGUAGAGAGGGAUGCCCUGUUGGAGGAUGAGGGUUUCCCCAUGGCCCAUUUAGCCCUGCCUGGCGAUGGCACGGCAGCUCAGACGUGUGGGCGCCUCGACCCCCUGGAGGAUAUGAGGCUGAGGCUCGAGAUCAGCACUUUGGAGGAAGAGGAUGAGGAAGAGGCCAAGAAAGAGGAGGCUGAGAUGGCGGCCUUGGCUCAAACGCCUGGAAAUUCGGAUGGGAAGAGGGCAGGGGAUGAGGCCGAGAGGACGGAGGAAAGCCGGUUGGGCCUGGCCAACCUGAACACCAACAACAGCAACCGCCUGGCCGCCAAGCGCAGCUGCCCUGCAGCUUUUGACGACAGUGCUAGCACAGGAAACCCUUUAAAAGUGAAGCCCUCCUAUCAGUCCUGUAAAGACUGCCUGCGUCUACCACAAGGGCGGCGCUGUGACCGUCCAGCAGGAGGCCGUUCUCACCGCCUUAACCCCUCCCGUCACUGCACUGUCCCCACUAUAUGCAUAGAUCCGCCCGGGACCAAUUUUGCCUCCACCCCAAUUCUGCAGUCCCUCCAAACCCCUGCAGUUGUCCCACCUAACUUGGUCCAGCCCUGUAGUCAUCUGUACCGCUGUGCCACCUGCACCCCCGGUGUCCCACCUGUCCCGCAAACCAACCACCAGAAACUUAUCUCACCCAUGAACUGUGAGGAGACGCCUCCUGACCACAGCUCGGUGGAGACAGAGGACAUGGAUGAACCACAAGGGGACGGCAUGGGAGGAGAAAUAACGAGGGAGGAUGCAGGGGGCAUCAGUGCGACUUCGGCUGAAGGUUUAGAAUUACAACCUGAUGGUGCAGUGGAGCUCCAGCAGCAGGCACUGGCUCAGCUGCAAAUGCCAGGACUGGGUAUAGAAUUUGGCCUGGAGCUGAUGCGACAGAGGGCAGAGCAGCUGGAGAAGCUGCCAAGCUUGGCCAUGGAGGGCCAGCUCCCAGUGGGGCCCCUGCCUUAACAUAUACAUGGAUGAGAUGCCUCCAGCAGGUACACUAUGAUGGCUGUGGGUCUGUAGAUGACUGCCGCUGUGGUGUCAUACCAGAAACGAAGCUCUGCUCUGACCUGUACUGUUAUGUCCUGGCCUCAUAGCUGCACUGUCACAAGCUGCAAAAGGCCUCUCUGUACUUUCAGAGAGUCUCCUGUCAUUAUCUACUGGCAUUAAGACCAAGAUGAGGCUGCUUGUUUUGACCAUACGCUAAAGGCUUGGACACUUUUGGCCAGUUAAGGACUUGAGACUUUCCUGUGUCCUUCCACUUCUCCCUUAAACCUGACUGAGGCCGAUCUGGUCUCUUCUGAGCCUGUCAGCCCCACACCACAUACAGGAUCAUCACACUUCCCCACAGCCCAGUGGAGAUGAGCGUUAUGCUGCCAUUUUACCCUCAACAGACAGGUUUGGCAUAUUCCCAAGAUAGGAGACAGUGAUGGUUUGUAAGAUCUGGUUGUUCCUUUUUAACUACUGAGAACGCUAUAGCUAGCACUUUGAUGUUGAUGGAAAGAGAAAUACCUGAAGUAACAUGCUUCUGUCAGUGUACUGUAUGUUUUUCAAUCCUAACUCAUCAGCAGUAUUCAUGAAGGAGCUCAAUGAAUGUUUGCAGUUGAGCCAUUUUGAUUGCAUCCAGCAUCUCCUCAUGUUACCGCUGAUAGCUGAGUCCUCUCUAACCGUCACUUAUGUUUUCCCUGCUGCAGCUGCUUCCGCACCACGGAAGGGCAUUUCAUGUGGAAGCAUAAUCAUUUUUAAAAAGGAUGUGAGCCUUUUUAUGCCUCUUUGUAAAGCGUCGUACCUCGGACCACAAGCAUCUCGAACUGUUUUGGUCAAAGACUCUUCUGUUGUCUCUGCUCAGUGGCUGGUUCACCCUGACCUCCUCCAUUAAAGUUACUGUAAUCACAUACUUAAAGCACUCAUUUAAGCCCCAUGCAUGACUUUGCAGUAUUACAGAACAUAUCAACAUGCUUAGAAAGAAAACAUAUUUAAGUCGUGUUUUUUAAAUACUAAAAAAACAAAGUUUUGACAUUCAAAUGUGUCAUUCUUCAGUUUAAGUGAGCAGCAUUCAUUCAUCAGAUGGAUGAUAAAUUGGUUGAAUUGGACCUAACCUCUCGUCUUAUGCCUGGAAGAAUGACAAAAAAGACCGAAGAAAUACCUUUAAGUUGUUGGAAUUCAUUUAUUUAAAUGUCAGGAAACAUUCAGAAGCUCAAAUGUAAUUUUGUUUUCCACACCUGAUCUGAUCACUUCCUGAUGUAACCAAAGCCAUAUCUUGUUGCCAGAUCCAGUGAAUCACCAUCAUGAUUUAAAGUCUUCUCUUACUUUUUUACCCAGUCUGCAUCUCAUUAGUCAUUAAAGGGAUAGUUCUUUUUUUUUUUUUCAGUCCGAGAAGUUCAAGUAUCUCGGGGUCUUUUUCAUGAGCAAGGGUAGAAUGGAGUGUGAGAUGGAUCGGCAGUUUGGUGCAGAGUCCGCAGUGAUGUGGGUGCUGGGCUGGACCGUUGUGGUGAAGAGGGAGCUGAGCUGAAAGGCGAAGCUUUCGAUUUACUGGUCCAUCUACGUCCCAGCUCUCACCUAUGGUCAUGAGUUCUGGGUAGUGAUCGAAAGAAUGAGAUCGCAGAUACAAGCGGCCGAAAUGAGUUCCUUUCGUGGGGUGGCUGGGUUGAGCCCUAGAGAUAGGGUAAGGUGUUCAGAUAUCCAGAGGGAGCUUGGAGCAGAGCCGCUGCACCUUUGCGCCGAAAGGGGUCAGUUGAGGUGGUUCGGGCAUCUGAUUAAGAUGCCUCCUGGGCACAGGUAGGAGGC